AUUCACCCCGGGUCACUGUAAGACUGUAUUUAUCAAUAAAAGUUAGUUUAUUAGUUGUAGCACUAAAAUAGAAAAUGUCGAAUUGGGGAGAAGAAGAGAACUGGGCUUCAGCUGCUGAUGCCCAAGAAAAUCUGUCUGCAAAAGUGAAGGGAAUAGAAAUUGUUGAUAAAAAAGACAAUACUCAAACAGAUGCGGCAGCUGCUUCACCCACAGAUACAAAUGCAGCAGCUGGGGAUGCAAAAAAAGAAGGUCCGGCUGGAGAUAAGGAAGAAGUGGAAGAAACAGCAUUAUCUGCCGAACAAAAUUCAUUAAUGAGAAAACUCAUCAGAGACAAACUUGUACAAUCAAGUCAGAAAUUAGAAGUUCAGCAAAGAGAUCCGUCAUCACCAUUAUAUUCUGUAAAAUCAUUUGAACAGUUAAACCUUGCUCCUGAACUGCUUGCAGGCGUCAUAGAAAUGGGUUUCAACAGGCCAUCAAAAAUACAAGAAACAGCUCUCCCUCUUCUACUUGCUAAUCCACCAGAGAAUAUGAUUGCUCAAUCACAAUCCGGAACAGGAAAAACAGCUGCUUUUGUUCUUGCAAUGCUUAGUCGUGUCACUGUUGCAAAAGAAUACCCACAAUGCUUAUGCUUGUCUCCAACUUAUGAACUUGCUCUCCAGACUGGGAAAGUUGUUGAAGAAAUGGGGAAAAAGUUAAAAAAUCUCAGUGUCACAUAUGCUGUCAGAAACAACAAAGUGAGACGUGGAGAGAAAAUAACUGCACAUAUUAUAAUAGGAACGCCCGGAACUACUCAAGACUGGAUCAAAUUUGAGGCUUUUGAUCCCAGCAAAAUUGAAGUGUUUGUUCUCGAUGAAGCAGAUGUGAUGAUUGCAACACAGGGUUUUCAAGAUCAAUCGAUUAGAGUCCAUAGGAAAUUAUCAAAGAACUGCCAAUUAUUACUCUUCUCAGCAACUUACGAAGAAGCAGUCAUGAGAUUUGCCAGAAAAAUUGUAACAGAACCAAACAUUAUACAGCUGAGAAGAGAAGAAGAAACAUUAGACAAUAUCAAGCAAUAUUUCGUCAAAUGCACCAGCAAAGAAAAGAAAGCCGAUGCUUUGUCUAAUAUUUACAGUGUACUAUCUGUCGGCCAGGCAAUCAUAUUUUGUGCAACAAGAAAAACUGCGAAAUGGCUUGCACAGACGAUGUGUGAAGGAGGAUUUGUUGUUGCCUUGCUAAGUGGAGAACUGGAUGUUGAACAGAGAGCUUCAAUUCUACGUCGAUUCAAAGCUGCCAAAGAGAGAGUUCUUGUAACAACAAAUGUCUGUUCGAGGGGAAUUGAUGUGGAACAGGUCACACUGGUUGUGAACUUUGACCUUCCUAUCGAUAUGCAAGGAAGAGCGGAUUGUGAAACAUAUUUGCAUCGUAUAGGUCGCACUGGCAGGUUUGGAAAAUCUGGAAUUGCAAUCAAUUUUAUCAGCCAAAACAGAGAUGAAAUGGUUUUGCGAGAAAUCGAAAAACAUUUUGGAAUUAAAGUUCAUAACUUGGACACCAAUGAUUUUGAUGAUAUGGAGAAUAAGAUUGGGGAAAAGUGAACAGAAAUCAUGCACACAUUUUAGACUUUGUUUUGAAAUUUCGUUUUUUGAUCAGUUACUACUUGCUGAACUUUUUUAUUCAAUAAAUAAACAAUUUCUUUCUCCAUUCCAAAAUA